GUUCAUAUCACUGACAGCUCUCCUGUCGCAGAACACUGCAGUACGUUUUCACUGGGUGAUUCAUCAGACGCAGACCUGAAGCAGUCAUGUAGUCACAUUCAUGACCAAAAGUGUGAUCAAUGCACAAGUUUAGCAUCUGCACUAAGCGAUAUAGAGAAACUGUUGCGAGAAAUUUCAUUCAACCGUGAAGACAACCGAGACGAGGCUUUCUUUAUCUACAAAAGUGCUAACCUGGCUAUCCACGCGUGGAAGUGCCACUUGUUAAGAAAUGUCAAGCAAGAUCAGGCACGCCUUGACUCCCUGUACCGUCUUGAUGAACACACCGUGCUGUUGGUAAAUGAUUGGGCCAUGAAAUCUAUCCCACAAAAAUACCGAGAAUCCCAGUCUUAUUGGUUCGGUAAACGGGGAAUUUCAUGGCACAUAUCUGUUGCAUACCGCAAAGUUGACGGAUAGCUUCAAGCACAGAGCUUCAUCACCAUAACCCAGUCGUGUAGCCAGGGAAGUGCAGCAGUAGUCGUCAUCUUACAGCACGUCAUUCAUAUGCUAAAGACCGAGCAUCCAGAGAUAGAGAAAGUCUACUUACGUCAAGAAAAUGCUGGGUGCUACCAUUCGGCAAGCACAGUUUUAGCAUGUCCCAGCAUUGAAGCUACAACAGGAGUGAAGGUAGAAGGCCUGGACUUCAGUGACCCUCAGGUAGGUAAAGGUGCUGCGGAUAGAACGGGAGCAACGGCCAAAACCCGCAUCCGGAUGUACGUCAACGAGGGCAACGAUGUCACGAAUGCACAUCAAAUGAAAGAUGCGCUCCUCUCACACGGCGGCGUCAAAGGGGUCAGAGUG